AUGAGGGUUCCUUUUUUUAAAUAUUUUGUCGAAUUCUUGACUAUAAUUUUGAUAACAUUGCAGUCAAUAGUUAGAGCAUUCCGAUUUUAUAAUACUUCAUCUACGAGAGCUUACGGAUGGGCAGCACCUAACUUCGUUCGCCGUAGCUACGUGAUAGACAUAGCAAACUGUCUUAAUAACAACGUUGACAUGAGUCGGAGAAAAUCCAAAACAUCAAAAAUAGAUGAAUUGAAUAAAGAAAAGGGUCUGAAAACCAGCGACGCCUCCACAAACUUAGAAUUGGAAACGCUUCACAGGGAAUUUGAGCAGUUCACACCGAAAUAUUACGUAGAACAGGUUAUUAACACCAGCUUUAACCUGAAGCCAAUACGAGGGCGUAAGAGAUCACUGGAAAUAUCAUACGAAGGUAAAGGGCCAAAUAAAAAGCUGGAAAGGCAAGUGGGAGAGGAUGACUUCGACGUGGAAGAAAUAAUACGAGAAAUGAGGUCUAAGGGAUCUGAAGCAAGCAAAGCUAAAAAGGUUGAGUUGGAACUAUCAAAAGAAGAAGCUGAAGAGGGCAAAGUAAACAACUUUAGGAUUGUCGAAGAUGAAGUGUGUAGCAUACCAAACUUCACAAAAGUAUGGAACGGAAUUGCAAACAAAAGAAACAAGGAAUUGGCGCCAGUAGACCAAUACGGAUCACACUGCUUAGCAGAACAAGGAAAGGAUUUUGAAUUCCAGACGUUAGUGGCAUGUAUGCUGAGUAGUCAGACUAAAGAUGAAGUGACAGCAUCAUGUAUGGAAAAACUUAAGAAGAGGGGGCUGACACUAGAAAAUAUGCUUAAGAUGGAAGUGUCAGAGUUGGAUUCACUGAUAAGUAAAGUGGGAUUCCACGCAACAAAAUCAAAAAAUAUAAAAAAGGUAGCAGAAAUAUUGAAGGAGAAGUACGGGGGAAAAGUUCCAUCGAACAAAAAGGACCUUGAAUCACUCCCAGGAAUAGGGCCUAAGAUGGCAAAUUUAAUACAGCAAAUAGCAUUCAACAUCGUUGACGGAAUCGCAGUAGAUCUACACGUACACCGAAUUACAAAUAGACUGGGAUGGGUUAAAACUAAGACUCCAGAGGAGACUAGAGUUAAGCUGGAAGAGUUAUUACCAAAGAGCUUGUGGAGUGAGGUUAAUCCACUUUUGGUUGGAUUCGGUCAGACAUUUUGCACGGCCGCAGGACCAGGCUGUCCAACGUGCCCAGUGAAUAAGUGGUGUCCAACCGGAAUUUCAAAUUUGAGAAAUCGCAGAUCAUACUGA